GGCGGAGGGAUACAGCUGUUGAGAAACCGCGUCACAACCUGGCGUCGCUGGAUUGAGGUUUCCGGGCAACUCGGCAACACGGGAGCAGCAUCGGUCCUCUCGCAUUUCCUGAACCGUAGACGUCUAGAGACCGUUAUAAUUUAAAAUCUUACAUACAGCAGCCCUUCUCGUGGGUGAUUAAUAUCCAACAACGCAAAUAACCCAUUUUUUCAUCUCAACAGAGCUUGAAAAGUCAACGGGACAAUGGCCGAUCAACUGACUGAGGAGCAGAUUGCUGAAUUCAAAGAGGCUUUCUCACUGUUCGAUAAGGAUGGUGAUGGUACAAUUACUACUAAGGAGCUUGGCACUGUGAUGCGCUCUCUGGGACAGAACCCCACCGAGGCUGAAUUGCAGGACAUGAUUAAUGAGGUGGAUGCAGAUGGAAACGGUACAAUCGACUUCCCUGAGUUUCUAACCAUGAUGGCCAGAAAGAUGAAAGAUACAGACAGUGAGGAGGAGAUCAGAGAAGCUUUCAGAGUCUUUGACAAGGACGGUAAUGGCUACAUCAGCGCAGCCGAGCUACGGCACGUCAUGACCAACCUGGGUGAGAAGCUGACAGACGAGGAAGUGGAUGAGAUGAUCCGUGAGGCUGACAUUGACGGCGACGGUCAGGUCAACUAUGAGGAGUUUGUCCAGAUGAUGACUGCCAAGUGAAGAGAACUCUGACGUUUUUCUCUGUGUUGCUUGUCCUACUAAAAUUACUGUCUUUAAGAACUAAAAAAGGAACAAACAUGAAACGAUAAAUUGCCCCCUUAAAAUCUUUUACCCGUUGAAUGUGUGCUUCAAUACAUCCAAGUACUUCUGAGGUCUCUGUUUAGCAAACACCAACAGAAUAAUCCCUAAAGAAGUGAAUGGACCAAGCUUUAAAAGGGCCAAAGUCCUCCUCCUUCAGACCAAGAUUCUGCUGAGUCACCUAUAGCUCCUGAUUAAUUUAAAGGAAGGAGUAACACUGAAGAGGCAAACGGAUAGGAAAUCAGGCUAUAAUCUGUAGAAGAAAGUUAGUUGGCUUUUUAAUUCUGUCCAGAUUAUCAACCAAAAAAAAAAAAUGUUAAUCUGUAGUGACUCAGAAAAAAAAAAAAACCCGAAUUGAGUACUCUUCUUGCAUGCACCUUUUUUGUGGCAGUCUCUUGUAACAGCAAGGAGACCAAACCCAUCCGAGGUAGUGGUCAGAUCGUGUACACACUGGAGGUAUAUACAUAAACAUAUAGCUAUAUAUCUGUAAAAUUUGUGUCACUAUUGAUUAUUGCAAGAGCAAUUAGUAGAGAUGUAGGGUGUUCAUUGGUGCUCGGCUGGAGGUUAGCAAACCUGGAAGUGUUCGGAAAAAGAGCGAGACCCUGAAACAUGCUGGAGGCUGGUUUUUUCCCCGUGGGAUGUAAUUUUGUUGUGUUUUGAGUUGUGGGCUUUUCUGUGUCCCGCAGCGCUGAUUGGAGACAGUUGUGUGAUGUUCUGUUCCAGGAUGAUCAUUGUGAAAACACACUUGAGGACUGCAAUUAAUAUAUUUGUUCAGAAAUGAUGAUAUAAAAUAUUGAUGUAAUGCUUUUUAAAUGUGUUCAUAUAUAUUAAUGUGUUGACAACAAACUUUGGUUACAAAAUAUAUCUCUAUAUAUUAGUGUAUCGUAAAGUUUGCAUUGCCUAUAGUAGUAAAUGACCUGUGACAUGUUUUCUCUUUGGUUUUGAAAUGUGCCAUAAUACUCUUUUAAAUACGCAACCUUUUUUGCAAGGCUCGUAGUUCAUCCCAAUAUAAUAAACCUGCUUAUAAUAUAAAAAUACUUGCAGUCUAACAUGUUUGCACUUUGGUGUAAAUCACAUAGAUGUUUAAAAAUGUUAAAAAAGAAACCAAAUGCCACUAUUACUGCUGCUACAUGAUGCAUAUGUUUCACACAUUUCCUGUAUUUCUUGGUGUCUGCUCUUCAAUUUGUAGUCCAGUGAUCCAACUUCAGUCUGCUUGUUGUUCAACUCAACAGAAUACAUGUAUAUUCUCCAGUACUACUCGUGGGGGGGUGGAUGUAUUUAAUUUGGGCUCUGAGGGGUACUAGCAGAUGAGGGCGAGAUGGUGUGUAGCAAAGUUGUAGAUGUGCAGUUGGUUUCAGUGAUCUGUUUUUUUUUAUCCAAAAGUUUAGAAAAAACAAAGUUAGCUGGGAUAUCUUAUGAUUUAUGCAAAUUUUUAAUACUGCUUCGUUUGGGAUGUUUUUGGAGACGGGUGUUUGGAAUUAAACCAACGGGCUGAAAGUAUCUCACAAAUGUUAAGAUGUGAAAUAUUUUCCAUAAAUCAAUAAACUGACUGAGCUUUACUUCA